AUGCCAUCAGGUAUGGGUAAACUAACAAAGCUCCAAAAGUUGACUGAUUUCUUCCUUGGAAAACAGAGUGGUUCAAGCAUUAACGAGUUGGGGAAGCUUCAAUAUCUACAGGAAAGUAUUUGUAUUUGGAAUCUUCAAAAUGUUGUGAAUCCUCAAGAUGCUGCAGAAGCCGAUUUGAAAGUUAAGAAGCAGCUUGAGGGGUUGCAGUUGAGAUGGGACGGUGAUACUGAUGAAUCACAACUUGAAAGAAACGUGCUUGAGAAAUUAGAGCCUCAUGCAAAUUUGAAAUCUCUCGAGAUAUAUGGUUAUGGGGGUACCAGGUUUCCUGAAUGGAUGGGAGUCAUGAAUGCUGGUCGUUCCACUUCUCUAGAAGAGAUUGAUGUCCCUUCCCUGGAGUAUUUGUCAUUGGCUGACCUUCCAGAAGUAGAGUCGUUUCCAGAAAGUGGACUGCCCGCAAAAUUGCAAUCUCUUAGCAUAUGGAGUUGCAACAAACUGAUUGCAGGUCGCAUGCAAUGGAAUUUGCAUUCACAUCCUUCUCUUUCAAGACUUGAAAUUUCGAUGAAUGAAGGAGUUGAAUCCUUCCCAGAGGACAAUAUGCUGCCCUCCACUCUUACAUAUCUUGAGAUAUCACAUUUCAAAAAUCUGAAAGCUCUGAAUGACGGGAUUCAACAACUCACCUCUCUAACAGACUUCCGUAUUUUUGAUUGCCCGGAGCUCCAGUUCCUGCCACAAAAGGGGCUGCCCUCCUCCCUUUCUUCUCUUGAAAUCCGCAGAUGUCCUCUGCUGGGAUUUACGUCGCUAGUUGAAGAUUGGCACAAGAUUUCCCACAUUUCCGACAUACGCAUUAAUGGGCAUCAUAUUAGACUACACUAG